AUGACGGUCCGAAAUCCCGACGCGGACGAGAAAUCCGGCGCCGCCCCGGGCCUCCGUUCGAACGCACCCUCCGAAACAACCCUCACCCCGGCCGCUGACCCGAACGAGAACGACAUUACCACCGCAGCCGCCGCCACCGUACCGCCACCGCCGCCAUCGACCUCCGUACCCGGCCCCGUCCCGGACGGCGGUCUUGAAGCCUGGCUUCAGGUUCUCGGCUCCUGGGUGAUCCUCGCUCAGACCUGGGGCCUCGUCAACACUUUCGGCGUCUAUCAGACCUACUACGAACGUACCCUCCAGGGCACGACCCCUUCUGCCAUCUCCUGGAUCGGCUCCAUCCAGGGCGCCCUUCUGAUGAUGGUCGGCCCCAUAUCCGGGCCCCUUUACGACGCCGGCUACUUCCGCGAGCUUCUCUGGGCCGGCAUGUUCCUCAUCCUCCUCGGGCUGUUCAUGACAUCCCUCUGCACCACCUACUGGCAAGUCAUCCUCGCCCAGGGCGUGUGCGUCGGCCUCGGCUGCGGCCUAACCUUCCUCCCCUCCACCGCGAUCCUCAGCCAGUACUUCAAUAAGCGCCGUGCCCUCGUCAUGGGCAUCGCCGCGACGGGGUCGCCCAUCGCGGGCAUGUGCUUCCCCAUCCUCUUCGGCCACCUCGAGCCCAAAAUCGGCUUCGGCUGGGCCACGCGCAUCAUCGCCUUCAUCCUGAUGGGCCUGUCCGUCAUCCCUGCAGUCACCAUGCACACUCGCCUCCCGCCCUCGGGCCACAAGCGCUCCCUCAUCGAUAAGACGGCUCUGCACGACCCGGUCUUUAUGCUCGUCGUGGCCGGUUCCUUCAUCGGUUUCCUGGCCAUGUAUGUGCCGUACUUUUACAUCCAGCUCUUUGCCGUCAACCACAGCAUCGGCCCGGCAGAUUUCUCGGCAUACUUCGUCACGCUCCUUAGUGCCGGGAGCAUCCCGGGCCGAGUGAUACCGAACUAUCUGGCAGACAAGGUUGGUGCGCUGUAUAUGCAAAUCUCUGUCGCUGCGGGCUCGGCCGUGCUCAUGUUCGCUUGGCUGGGCAUUCGAAACAUGGCUGGUCUUGUCAUCUUCGCAAUCCUGUACGGUCUCUUCUCCGGCGGCAUGGUGAGCGUGUCGCCAACCGUCGUCGUCAGCCUGUCACCGGAUCUUGGCCGCGUGGGAACCCGCAUGGGCAUGAUGAACUUCAUUGCGGGUAUCGCCAUCCUCGUCGGUACGCCGAUUGCCGGUGCCAUCUUGGGCGACUACAGUGAAGUCGCCUGGCAGUCCAUGAUUGGUUACGGGGCGGCGGCGUUGACGGCUGGCUCAAUGUGUUUGACGUUAUCAAAGAUCUUCCAGUUGAAGAAGACUGCCCGGGAUUUGAAGGCUUGA